AUGCAAUUAUCAUCACUUAUAAUCCAAGGCUUAUUAUUAUCAGGUAUCAUUGCUUCACCAAUUGCUAUUACAGACGCUGUUCCAGAAGACUUUGAAGGUCCAUCAUAUCCUCAUAAUUAUACUGAUGUAGUAGCUGCUGGUAAAAAGAAAACAGAUAAAUUUUGCUACGAUGAAAAUAAAGGUCAUCAUUGUUAUAAACAUAGUCUUAAAGCUUGCGUUGAAUGGUAUAAGGGUGAAAAAAAUCACUUCAGUGAAUAUGAUGCUAAUAAUCUUUGUUCUUUCUACUGCAGCAAAAUUAAAAAUGCUGAUGAUUGUAAAACAAACAAGAAGAAAUUCAACUAUGCACCACCUUGGGGUUGUGAUGAACAAAAAUAUUGUUAA